UUUGAGCCCCUCCCCCAGCUUGACCGUCUCAGUUGGCAGUUCAGUCAGGCUCCAUGUCAAAUCCGGCUUGGGGCAGAAACCUGAGGGCCACACAGAAGGUGGUGGGCUUGCAGGCAGUUUCCUCACCCCGUGGCCAUGGGCGGCAACAUCGGGCAGCUUGGCAGUCGCACCUACGAGUCCCUAGCUGACGAUGAGCCCUUGGACCCUGAGGAGCCCCCCAAAAGACCCACGGGCAAUCUCAUCAUGCACAGCAUGGCCAUGCUUGGCCGGGAGUUUUGCUACGCAGUGGAGGCGGCCUACGUGACCCCAGUCCUGCUCAGCGUGGGGCUGCCCAAGAGUCUGUACAGCAUGGUGUGGCUCCUCAGCCCCAUCCUGGGAUUUCUGCUGCAACCCGUGGUGGGAUCAGCCAGCGACCACUGCCGGGCCAGGUGGGGCCGGCGGAGACCAUACAUCCUCACCCUGGUCAUCAUGAUGCUCUUGGGCAUGACUCUGUACCUCAACGGGGACGCUGUGGUAGCAGCUUUGAUUGCUGAUCCAAGGAGGAGGCUGAUUUGGGCCAUAACCAUCACCAUGAUAGGCGUAGUUCUCUUUGAUUUUGCUGCUGACUUCAUUGAUGGGCCCAUUAAAGCCUACUUAUUUGAUGUCUGUUCCCAUGAGGAUAAGGAGAGGGGCCUCCACUACCAUGCCCUCUUCACAGGUUUUGGAGGUACGCUGGGUUACCUUUUGGGUGCCAUCGACUGGGCCCAUCUGGAGAUAGGAAGAGUGCUGGGCACAGAAUUCCAGACUAGGAAGGCAAUGACCAUGAAAUCACUGCUGAGGGAGCUGGUGAAUAUGCCUCCCCACUACCGCUGUCUUUGCAUCAGCCACCUCUUUGGAUGGACUGCCUUCCUGUCUAACAUGCUCUUCUUCACAGAUUUCAUGGGCCAGAUUGUGUACCAUGGAGAUCCCUAUGCUGCACACAACUCCACAGAGUUUCUCAUCUACGAAAGAGGGGUCGAGGUUGGAUGUUGGGGCUUGUGCAUCAAUUCCAUGUUCUCCUCACUUUAUUCUUACUUUCAGAAAUCUUUGGUAUCCUACAUUGGAUUAAAGGGUCUUUACUUCAUGGGGUAUUUGCUAUUUGGCCUGGGGACAGGAUUUAUUGGACUUUUCCCGAAUGUCUACUCCACCCUGGCUCUGUGUACCUCGUUUGGUGUGAUGUCCAGCACUCUGUACACUGUGCCCUUCAACCUCAUUGCCAAGUACCACCGCGAGGAGCAAGAAGAGAAGAGACAGCAGGCCCCGGGAGGGAGUCUGGACGGCAGUGAGAGAGGGCAGGGCCUGGACUGCGCAGUCCUCACGUGCAUGGUGCAGCUGGCUCAGAUCCUGGUUGGAGGUGGCCUGGGCUUCCUGGUCAACAAGGCUGGGAGCGUCAUUGUGGUAAUCACAGCCUCUGUGGUGGCCAUGAUCGGCUGCUGUUUUGUGGCUCUCUUCGUAAGAUAUGUGGAUUAGGUCAAUAGGGAGACAUCAUCCCUAACCUCCAACACAGUGAAGGACAUGGUACGAAAUCAGUCUGUCCUCUGGCUCUGCAGCUUUGGGGUCUGCCCAUUGGCUGCCCUGCGUUAUGACUUCAGCUACAGUGAUCUGCCUGCACCUCACUUUCUGCCAACCCUCUGUACAGCAGUUUCCUUAUUUUAGGCAUCAUCUAUCUCGGGAAACACUGAGCUCUGCCUCCAUUCACCGGUGGCAAAGGUUAAUUGUGGGAGAUGGCGCCUCCAUGCGCCUUCCUACUGCAUCUCAGGACGUUCCAGGCCUUGACAAAACGCCAGAAGCCGACUAGUUUUACACAGGACAAUGGUGUUUAUUCUAUCGUGUGUUGUUUUUUUUCUUAACCAGAGGUCUAUAUUUAAUCGGAGGGUCAUACUUUUCAUUAUUUCACCAAUACUCAAAAUAUUGCUGAUGAUUUAUGAUAUUAGCUUACUCAUAUUUAAUUCAUACUUCAUUUACUCAUACAGACAGUCCCUGGCUUACAAUACAAUGGUUCAAAUUACAAUUCUUCUUCCUCUUCUCCUUCUCCUUCAUCUUCUUUUACUUAACAAUAGUUGGAAAGCAGUGCACAUUCAGUAGAAAUCAUACCUCAGAUUGUGAAUUUUGAUCUUUUCUGGGUGAUACAUGCCCUUGUGAUGCUGGGCAGCGGCAGCCACAGCUCCCAGUCAGUCUCACCAGCCCGAGGGUGAACAACUGGUCCACUGACCACCAUUCUGUCUCCAUACAGCUCCACUGGUUUUGUUUUUGGUUUCCAUUUUCAAUAUGGUAUUCAGUAAAUUACACGAGAUAGUCAACACUCAAAACCACUCCAUCUUCCUUCCUCCCUCUCCCUCUCACGUUAUCCAUCGUAGAGUGGCGAGGUCAUGACUGACUCAGAGGAGUGAUCAGGGAGAAACCUGCUCUCUAGCCUAUACUGUGGGAUGAUGAUGAGCAAAUGCUCAGAGGACCCCAUGUGACCCAGAACUCUGUGUUAUAAAAUUCACCUGUCCUUGGCGUCUGCAAAGUUUAAUUCACCUGUCCUUGUAAUUCACCUGUCCUUGGUGUCUGCAAAGUUUAAAAGUAGAAUUAUUUGCAGACUUCAAUGUUUAUUUCCUGAUCAUUUCUCCAAGGACUGUUCUGGUGAUUGAAGAUUUUGAAAUCAACGAAUGGGUGAGGUAGGAAGGACCUGCAGUUAAGGACCAUCUUACCUGGACCCCAAGAAGUUAGAAGUAGUCGUCUCUGGCCAAGCACAGGGCAAGGGAAGCUCUUUUCAGCUGAAGGACUGGAUGGGCUGCUGGGAUGAAGAAAGGAGCUAGGGCGUGCAUUCACCACCACCCCUAAAUCCCCUCACACACAUGCACUCACACACACACUUGGAUAUUCAAACACUCUGCUCUCUUAACUCAACUCCACUCAGGUUUGAAUGAGUGGAUAGAAUCCAAUUUUAAAAGCCUUUAACCACUUUUAGGCACUCAAGUACUUGUUCUCAGUAUACUUGUUCUCUUGUUUCUCUCUGACAGUAAUGUUCUAUUCCCAGACAAAUAAAGCAAAUGCAGGGACACCUAAAUUCGGAUCAGAAAUCCCAGGAAAUCCUGUAGGAGAAAGGAAAGCCAAACUGCUUUGUCUGCUGCUUCCCCCACCAUGCAUCUGACAUUCCAACCUCAAACCUUUAAUCACUGCUUUCCCUCAGCUGCAAAUGUCCUGUGUCCCCACUACCUGUCUAAAUUGCCAUCCCUGCCCAUUUAACUUGUACCCUUAUUUCUAGGUCCAUCUCAUAUACUAUUUUGAUAAGGAAGUCUCUUAUCCUCCAGCAGAACCAAGCUUUCUGCCCCCUGUAUUAGCAUAGCACUUUCUUUUAGCCUUAUUAUGACAUUCAACUCACUGUUCCAUGACCUAGUUGCCUUGUGUACAUGGAUGGCUGUGUCUCCUAAAUAUACAAGUCGGUAAUGUGUCUAGUUGAUGUGUGUGAUCUCAGCACCCAGUACAGGGCUUGGCACACAACUGGCAUUCAAAAAAAUAAAAUAAAUUUGGCCA